GCACGCGCAACUUCCGUCUGGUUCAAAAAUUUUUUGCCCUCUCCGAUAUUCGGUAAAGCAGAUAUAAUCUUCUGUUCGUUGCCUGCCUGUUAGUCAUCUAGUAUGGAGAUCCAGAGUUGUAUUGAACCAAUGACACUUGGCUCUCCAACCUCCCCUAAGCCUGGGGCUCAGUUUUUACCGGGAUUUCUGAUGGGAGACCUGCCUGCUCCUGUCACUCCCCAGCCCAGGUCUUUUGGUUUGACAGGUGGAGCAGAAAUCAGGUCUCCUCUUCUAGCCGGUGGGUCUCCUCCACAGCCGGUGGUCCCAACACCGAAAGACAAGAGCGGAGCCCCUCCUGUCAGAAGCAUCUAUGAUGACCUCAAUGGCUCUGCUGUGGGAAUGUCACCUCUUGCUGCUCGCAAACAAUCAUUUCCUGGAGUUCACACACCAAUAUCUGGUCUACCGGGGACACCAGGAACAGUUUCAAACUUUUUUAGUCCUGUGAGUCAGCAGAGGAAAACAACACUUUCUCCAGCUCAGGUAGAUCCGUUCUUCACACAAGGAGAUGCUCUGUCCUCUGAAGACCAGCUCGAUGACACCUGGAUCACAGUGUUUGGGUUCCCUCCAGCAUCUGCUUCGUACAUCCUUUUACAGUUUGCACAGUAUGGAAAUAUAUUAAAACAUGUAAUGUCUAAUACGGGCAAUUGGAUGCAUGUCCAAUAUCAGUCAAAACUGCAGGCGAGAAAAGCUCUCAGUAAAGAUGGAAAGAUAUUUGGAGAAGCCAUAAUGAUUGGCGUCAAACCAUGUAUCGAUAAGAGUGUAAUGGAGAGCUUGGACAAGGGCAGCAUUUCCAGUUCUGUGUUCACACCCCCGGUGAAGGCUCCAUGCACCCCGAGUCACCCUCUAUCAACUCCUCGAUCCGUCAUGAGACCCCUCAGUGCCGCUUACAAAGCAUCCAGCAGUGACUAUCAGGUUGUGUCAGAUCAACAGACACCAAAAAAGGAUGAAAGUUUUGUAUCGAAAGCAAUGGAGUAUAUGUUUGGAUGGUAAUCUUUCACACACAGAGUCCUGACGAAAAAGACCAUCAACAGCCUCUAAUAUGUUGACACUGAUUGCUCUUAAAAACUGACAAAUUUUGGGGUUUUCUGGGCACAAGAAUUGAGCGAAUACACAAGCACUUUAUCUCUUCGUUUGCGGACUGAUUGACUUUGUGUGCUAUUUUCCGGAAGAUGGACUCAAGUGUGUUUCACAUGGACUGCUUUCAGCUGCUUGGGUUUGGAGUUGGUCUUUCCAGUCUGUCCUCAAAAUCAUACAGAUUUAACAACUUAAUCUUGAGCAUUAAGUGUUUUAGCUCAUGCCAAGAAGAAGGAUCUGCUAGAAAUGUAAGGGUCCAAAUCAUGACGGACUCCCGUAUUGGACCCUGUUUGUACAAAAUCAAAUUCUUGAGUAACAUAUUUCAUGGUUACGUUCUUAAUUUAUGGGUUUGUGUAUAAAACAAGAGAAUUGUAAGGAGAUCAUCAAUGAUGACUUCAGCUUUUUGAGAACAAGCCUUAAAUUAGGAUUUAACCAUCUUUUGAUUGGGUUAUAUAUAUAUAUAUAU